GAUCUUGAAUCAACUUGGAAGAUGAAUUUCGCCAUUUCAUUGUUUGUUUUGCUGUCCAGCAGCUUGAUUUUGGCCCAGGAUGAUGGUAACGCCAUCACAGAAAAACCUGAUGAAACACGAACAUGUCAACCUGACAUGUGUGAUCUCCUGACGGCAUUCACUGCCAUGAAAGAAAAGAUUGCAGUUAUGAAAAUCAGGCUGGAGGACAGCGAAAACCAGAUUCGGGACCUGAGGAUCAAAGAAAGAACCAAGGUGAUAUUCAGUGCAGCAACAGGAGGAGGAUAUAAUGACAUUGGACCCUUCAACAAAAACACAACUUUAAUCUACAGAACAGUGAUAACAAACAUCGGUGAUGCCUACAGUCCACACACAGGUGUUUUCGUUGCACCUGUGGCAGGUGUUUAUUACUUUACCAUCUUCUACCACGCUCAAGGAUUCCUCCACUCGAGGCUGUGGCUCUUUAAGAACAAGCAACACAUGCUCACGACAAACGACCACCAGACAAACGCUGACGGAGCUGAUAAUGGAGGAAACGCAGUGUUCAUGCAGCUGCAGCUAGGAGACCAGGUGUAUGUGCUCAUGGAUAAAGGCUCACAUGUUUGGGGAACUGACUACCACACAACCUUUAGUGGCUUUCUGGUUGCUCAAAUGUGA